GAUGAGCGUGGUGUAAGAUCCUAUAUAGAACAGAAUAGAAAUAUGCUAGUGCUCAGCAGAGGGCAGACAUACACAUGAGACUGCUCUCAGGCACAGAUCCCCUUCUGUACGCUCACACCUUCCUCUGUACUUGCCAUGGCUGGAGAAAUAAUUUAUGCAGAUUUAAACAUUCCUGGAGCCAGUUCCUCUUCAAGGCCACCAAAACGAUCUCAGCACCUCAGUUCCCCUCCAUGUCCCCGGUGGCAUCGCAUCGCUGUAGGGGUCGGAUGGGCUGGGAACAUCGUCCUGACAAUAGCUGUGAUAGCCCUGGGAAUUUGGGUUUCCCAGUUGCAUGUCUCUUGUGAAGGACAGACCAGAGGAAACCUGAACACAUCGGAGAAUAACAAUACCAGAUUCGUCAGUAACACUGAAUGCGGCUCCUGCCUGGAAGAUUUCCGUUCUCGCUUGAAAGCAAUACUGUGUGCACCCCACCACGGCAGCUUGGCAGAGGGCUCCGGAUGCAAACUCUGCCCCAUGGACUGGCUGCUGCACAGGGGAAAGUGCUACUGGCUUUCCAAAACCAGCCAAAAUUGGAGUGAGAGCCGUAGUGACUGUGAAAUGAAGAACUCUCAACUCCUAGUGAUCCAGAACCAGGAUGAAGAGAUGGUUUUCAUACAGAACAUUACAGAAGGUGAACACCUUGUCUGGCUUGGAGUCCGAGUCACAUUCCCAGAGGGGAAAUGGAUGUGGGUGGACGGAUCUCCAUUAAAUCAACCCCAACUCCCGGGUCCUGCCGAGAGCAACAGCUGUGGUGUGAUCAAAAAGAAUCAGAUCCGUUCUGAUAUCUGCAAUACCAAGUUCAAAUGGAUUUGCAGGAAGGAAGCUCUACUGAUAUAAACAGCAGAAUGCCUGUUCUACCUUUGUACAAUGAAAAUCAUAAAACCAUAGAACUGGAAGGGACCUCGAGAGGUCAUCUAGUCCAGUCUCCUGCACUCAUGGCAGGACUGAGUAUUA